GUUUCAGUCACUGACCUCUGACCUUGAUGAGAUCAUCAUGCCAUUUGAUGGGAUUGAACUUCAUCUGGUGUUUGGAGACAUCACUAACGAGACCACUGAUGCCAUCGUGAACACCACUGACUUUAAGGACUUCAAGACAGCUGGAGUGUGUAAGGACAUCCUUACUAAGGCAGGACCUCAAAUCCAGGCUCAACUGACAGGCGCUCAGGUAGCGAGCGGGCAGAUUUUCACAACCCCACCAGGAGGCUUCCCCUGUAAGACAAUCCUGCAUGUUUGUGGAGAGAGAAAACCUGAUGUUAUCAAGACCUUGGCAAAAGAAAUAGUGGUUCAAUGUGAGCACGGCUUCUACAGGUCUGUGGCCAUUCCUGCCAUCUGCGCUGGACAAGGAGGUUUGGAUCCAAAUGUGGUGGCCAAGUCCAUUCUAGAGGGAGUAAAGGAAGGUGUUCAAGGAGCGAAUCUUCAACGUCUCAAAAUCAUUCGGAUCAUUCUGCUGAAGAUUAACGUUUUCCUAGCAUUCAAAGCGACAGCAAAACAAAUUUUUGGUAGCAAUACACAGUUAACAGCUCCUGCACCUCUUGUACUUACCAGUGCAACCACCAGAGGAUGCAGUGCAGCCAGUAUCAGGCACAGUGGAUUAACUAGAUCAAGCAGAUCACAUUCCUUACCCUUACCAGUCCCUUUGGACUUGAGUUCUUUAGUGACAUCUUUGCCUGACACCGAGAGCACAGCAGCGUUUCUAGUCAUAGGUCACACCGAUGAUGAUGUUUCUGAUGCCUGCAGAGAUCUUCAGCAGGCAUAUCAGGACCAGUGCUCCACACACGCUUUCUUUCCUGAUGAGAUUGAACGCCUCACUCCAGAGGAGAUGGACCAGCUGCUCUCUAAAGUGAAUUCAUUGCACCUGCAGAUAGAACAGAGCAGUUCUGAAGGAUGGGUAGUAAAAGGGCAGAGGAACGGAGUGAAUGAGGUGGUUAGACUGAUACAAGAUGCACUUCGCAGACAGGUAAGAGAGAAGGACCAGACCUUCCUCUUCAGUCAGGUCACGUGGUGCAUUCUGGGACCACAGGGCAUUUGGCAGAAGGUACCAAUAGACGUGAAUUAUAAGCUUGAGAAAGGAGAUGUGAAAGAUGGAAUUGAGGAUGCACAGGGUAAGAAAUGGACUGUGGAUCUGCAAAAGAUGGAGGCCACAUCAUGUGAUUCAGGACAGGUGACUGCUCUCAAACGACUGGUGAACCCUUCAGAUUUCACUUUGCCAAUCUACUGGGACAACAUGAGUCAGAGUGACCUCUUAAAAGUGAUUGUCUUAGAUCCGUCAUCUAAAGAGUACCAGAUUGUGAAGAUGGGCUUCAAGACGACCGUCUACAAAACAGUGCUCAAGAUCGAGCGCAUCCAGAACAUGAAUCUUCGGCGGUUAUACGAGGGACGUAAAAUAGAGCUGGAAAACAGAAAUGAUCCUCUUGUGGGAGCAAGAGAGAAGGUCCUUUAUCACGGCACAUCAGAGGCAUCCUGCUCAUCCAUCAUGAAGUCAAACUUUAAUCGCAACUUUGCAGGGCAAAAUGCCACCGUCUAUGGACAUGGGACAUACUUUGCUGUGAACGCCAGCUACUCUGCCGAUGCUACCUAUUCAGUUCCUGCAGCAGACGGGACUCAGCUCAUGUUUGUGGCUCGUGUGCUUACGGGUUAUUACACUCAGGGUCAGGGUGACAUGAAGACGCCACCUGUGCGUGCGGCACCUGACCUCUAUGAUAGCGUGGUAGAUAAUAUUCAAAAUCCCUCCAUGUUUGUGGUUUUCCACGACUGCCAGGCUUAUCCAGACUACCUCAUCACAUUCAAAUGAACUUAUGCAAAAUCCAACCCUGGCUUGAAAUCCUGAAGAUUUAUAUGCUUAUUUCUUAUAUAGUUGAUCUUACAUAAAAAUGUAACAAUUUAGGUAUUACUGUUAUGUAGAGGGUUUGAUUCAGUUAGUUACCACAUACCUUUUUAAGCUUUAUGCCACAACUAACUAGUGCUCAGUGGAUAUGAGUGUUUAGGUAACCAAUAUAAUUCAAACUAGUGAUUUCAUGAUAGCAAAUAAAAUGAGUGUUUUUUUCAGGAAAUCUUGAAAUUCACAAGAAUUUAUGAGCAUAUGAUUACUAAUAUCAAUUGGCAAAGUGGUCUGUAGAUUGACGAUAUGAUAUGAAUACUUGUGUGAAUCGCACGUAUUCAGACAGAUGAAUCUGUCUCUUGUGCAAACCACAGAAGUGACAUGCAAUUAUGAUAUGUACCUUCAGGGCGAUCCAUUCAUCACUCCUGGAUAACAACGGUCUUUAAAAUGUCGUUUGGGCGUUUUCCAAUACUUCCUUCUUAGUUCCCAUGUCUGCUUCAUGCUUCUCGUUAUCAUGAGGAAACCAUUUGAUAUUGUUUUGAAUGAAAGGAAUUUGCUCAGUUUGCCAAUACAGCUAUGCAAUUAUUUCAAACAUCAUCUGAAAGUACUUCAGGAAACUUAUGAAAUAAUAAGAUCUGUUAUGAAAA